ACGGUAGGAGGAGGCAGCGUCCACCGACCUAGCUGUAAACUGUUCCGAGGCCCUGACAUGGAGCUGCCGGAUCCGGUCCGCCAGAGGCUGGGAAACUUCAGCCGGACCGUGUUCAGCGACUCCAACCGGACCGGGCCGGAGUACAGCGAGGGGCCGGAUAAUGAAAUGGUUUCCAGUUUGGCAUUGCAGAUGUCACUUUAUUUUAACACUUACUUUUUCCCACUUUGGUGGGUAAGCAGCAUUAUGAUGCUUCAGAUAAAGUAUUCAAUCUUGCCUGAUUACUACAAAUUCAUUGUGGUCACUGUUAUAAUCUUAAUAACCUUAAUUGAAGCUAUAAGGUUGUAUCUGGGCUACAUGGGGAACCUACAGGAAAAGGUUCCUGAAUUGGCUGGCUUUUGGCUUUUGAGCCUUCUGUUGCAACUGCCUUUAAUUCUAUUCUUGCUCUUUAAUGAAGGCCUAACGAAUCUGCCCUUGGAGAAAGCAAUACACAUCAUCUUCACUUUGUUUCUUACUUUCCAAGUUGUUUCAGCCUUUCUUACUCUGAGGAAAAUGGUAAAUCAGUUGGCAACUCGUUUCCACCUCCAAGACUUUGACCGUCUCUCUGCCUAUAGAGGAGGCAUGAGAAGAAUGAGAUCCUGUAUAGAAGAGAUUUGACCCAGUGCUGUUGAUUCAAAAGCUGAAAGAUCAUUCUGCAAGACUGUAAGAGGAACAUUGAGAUCUAGCAUGAGAGAAAGGACGAAUCAAGUGUUCUGAGCUAUAUAUUCUCUAGCUCUGAAAUUCCAAAGCUGGGACCAAUGAUAAGACUGAUUGUACAGUACAUGAAAGCAGUAAGUCAACCCUAAGGCCUAGAUAUUGUCCACCUGGUGCCAAGAAUCUUAUUAUUUUUGUUGUUGACUUUUUCACGUGUAUAGACAUCUGCAUUGGUAGGCACAGUUUACCAGAUUUAUGGUAAUAUUUCUCAUUGCACCUAAAACUAGAAACGUGUAUAUUUCUUGGAAGUCUGUUGGCUAUUCAUGUCUUGGCAGUACAUCUGAAUCACAUGACAAUUCUUGUCAAUAUCCUGAUGUAUUAACUAUAUUUAUAAACCAAGACACCAAAUUUUCAUGUCUCCUAGGGUUAAAUUCUAACCCUAUGCUUAGCUUUAUACAGAGGUUAAAAACAGGUAGGUUAUCAUGGUAUUUAGAAAAUUAGAAAAUUGUAACUUUUAUAAAACCAUCUUCAGUAUUUAUAGUGGUGGUGUGCAAAAACAUCUUUAUAAUAAAUUAUGAAAUAUUUAUGUUAAAGUAUCUGCAACAAA